CAAUAAUCAUUUUCCAUAUUGAACCUCCGAGUGUUCUGUCACUGCCUCUCUCUCUAAACUCUCACGGUUUUUUCUCUCAGGGAUCAAAAGCUAGAAAAAGAAAUGGGGCAGACAUUGACGAAGCUGUUCACCCGGGUUUCUCCGAAGAAGGAAGCGCGCAUUCUCAUGGUUGGUCUUGAUGCUGCUGGUAAGACCACCAUCCUGAACAAGCUGAAGCAUGGAGAGGUCUUACCUACCUCUCCAACCAACGGUUUUAACGUCGAGACGUUUGAGAAAAAUGACGUCAACUUCACCAUUUGGGAUUUAGGUGGUGGGGACACGAUCCGUCCGUUGUGGAGGAACUACUUCCAAAACACCCAGGGGAUCAUAUUUGUGGUUGACAGCAAUGACAAGGAUCGUGUUGCGGAGGCAAGGCAUGAACUGCACAAGAUGUUGGAUGAGGAUGAGCUACGUGAUGUUGCAUUACUUGUAUUUGCCAACAAACAAGAUCUCCCCCAUGCAAUGACUAUUGCUGAAAUAGCAGACAAGCUUAACUUGUACUCGCUGAGGAAGCGUCACUGGUACAUCCAGAGCACCUAUGCCAUGUCCGGAAAGGGGCUUUACGAGGGUCUCGGCUGGCUGUCCAAAGCCAUUCCUUACAAGGCAUGAGGUCUGAGCUGAUGCCGAGUUGGAAGUUCAGGUUUAUCAAUUAUUAAUCAUGUGUGUGUGCCAGUUUAUGGAUCUUUCUAAUUUUUGUUUAGAACUUCUUAUGCUGCUGUAUCAAUGAGUUUUGAUGUGUGUUAUUGCAAACAUAUGUUCAGAUAUAUAUAAUUCUCUUGAGACCUUAUUUGGUUUGGAUUAAAUUUUUGUAUCCCGUAUUUUU